CCUUUCAUCAAAAGGAGUGAGAUAACCUUUUGGCUGAGUAUUCUUGCAGGGCUUUAUCAACACCAUCCACAGAAGCCAGGCAAUAUACAUAACUGGAAGUCAGAUUCCAAAAUGUCAUGGUCCCCUCUGCAUGGUGCUGUUAAUGUAUCCCUCGGGUUCCUUUGCCUCCUGUUUGCUUCCAGCUUGGCCGAAAGCGUGAAAGGAGAGAACAAGAAAGUGGCUGUGCUGGCAACUGCAGAGUUGCCUGCUAAAUCGGUUGAUCUGGCAGCGAUUAACCUGACUGAACUUGUAAAUGGGAUGCUAAACACAGCUCUCAAAGGCAGCAAAAAGUUCUUCUCAUUGCUGAGCAUCACAUCGUACAGCUCUUAUGCCUUCCAUAAGGUUUCCAUAGUCGUCUACAACAUAUCCAACCUGAAGAAUAUCGACCCCACCAAAUUCCCCACGAGGUACUGCUAUUGCUUGAACAACAGGACAAAUGACUUAACAGAUUUUACCGCUUUGCUGGUUGAUAUCGUUGGCAACUCCACCGAUUACCUUAAAGAAAUUUUCAAGUCUACCUCUAUUGUGUCAGUGAGCCAAGGAAAUGACACGGACUGCAUCUAUAUUUGUGUCAUGUCAGGCCGCACAGGAAGAAAUCUGUCCGAUUUGUGGGAAGCCAUUGAAAAGUCACCGUUUAUAAAUUACACCUUUUCAGGAAAUGUGUCUGACCUUCUGGAUUUAGAUUUGAUUCUCCCCGGCCUGGUUCCUUUAUGGGAAGAUGCUGACAAGGUCUUAAGUGACGUUGCAAAAGACACAUGGACAUUUAAAACUACAAAGAUGCCUAUGUGGUCACAGACUGGUGACUGGAAAGGAAAAGAGAUGUCUUUCACACAAGAUCCCCUAAUACAAAAGAGUGUUAGUGCAACAGGCUUUGAAGCAUCAGAGGUUCCCUUAUGGCUGCAGACUGAGGCUUCAAGAGCGUAUGAGGUUUCAUCGACUACAACAGCUUCAGCAGGGCUUCCUCCAACUCCUCUGGGAAGCUAUGAAAGUCCACCAGAAGCUCCAGCAACCCUCACUCCAGAGAUGCCUGCUCGGACUUGGACCAUUGCUGCAAAGGGUGAUGAGACAACCUCCCCACCGUUCACCAUGUGGCAACAGACUCCUGGCUUGAAAGGUGCUGAGGCUUCAUCUUUCCAAGAGUCCUCGUGGCUGCAGACGGAUACUGCGAAAGAAUGGGCAAUCUCGCCUACUGCGAUGGCUUCCUCCUUGCCUCCGUUGAGCUAUGGCAUUCUGCCUGGAACACAGCCAGUGCCGACUGAAGCCCUUACAUUCUGGACACAACCAGCUUCUUUGAAACGGACCAAAGCGCCUCGCCCAAUGCAGACAGUGGCAGAAAACAUGCCUCUUCCUGCAGCAUCUACUCCACAACAGAGGCCUGGCAUUUUACUAAAGGUGCCCUCCAGAUGUCCGCAGGCAAUGAAGAAAGGCACCUCCAUGACUACACCGUACAUCAUGGCUCAGAAGAUAAACCCUUGUGUGAUGGAGCUGUGCAGAUUUUUCCAGCAGUGCCUCUGUGCAAGGGACAGAAGCUACUCAAGAGAUGAAGCUAUGAGGUACUGUAUUGAAAACUAUUCCUGGUUCUUGAAAAAUGCAACAUACAUCUGUGAAAAAGUCAAGAGGACUGCCCAUUCAAGGACUUUAAAGCAAAAAUGCCUUGCAAGCAUUUGCAAAGCUAUUUAAAGCCCGAAGAGGAGUCAUUGCUAAGAAGAAGACUCACACAAACACUUAGACUUCAUCCUGUUAACCAGUGCAAGAAAUCACUGCUGGGUAUGAAGAAGAAGAAGAAGAAGAAGAAGAAGAAGAAGAAGAAGAAGAAGAAGAAGAAGAAGA